AUGGCUCUCUCAGCGUGCAAUGCCGUUAUCAACCCAGGCUUCGAGUCUGGUAUCCUAUUCCCAUGGCGUGCAUCUGCCAUCAACGUUGCCCAUGUCAUCACUGGCGCAAAUGCCUACAGUGGUGACUACUAUCUUAACCUGGAAACCGCCGUCGACAACCAAGGCAACACCAUAUCCCAAACCUUGAAAAAUCUCAAGCCAGGACGCAACUAUACCUUCAACGCCGAGGCUCAGGUCCCCUUGUCGGGAUCGAAUUACUGCUUUGUGUACGUAUACGCGGGCUCCAAUUCAACGGUCGGCGAGAUCGCCAGCGCGGAUGUGUACGAGGAAAGCUUCGGAAAGUGGAUCUCUGUAUCUGGAACCUAUGUGCCAAAGCAUCCGGUCGAGUCCUUGCAUAUUCUUGCUGCUUGUGACUCUGAGGAUAACUCGGUCACUGGGCAGGUGUAUCUCGAUGCGAUAAGUCUUUUGCCUCAGAGUGGCUUACAGGAGGCCAGCCCAGUCGUGAUUCGUCAGACAUCAAGUCAUAAACGCCGCAAAACGCCCUUUCUCCACAGCGGGACCCAUCCUGCGACCCCGCUGAUCCCAUCAGCUCAGCCAAGUGUGGCGUCUCCACCAAGCAUGAUAUCGAUCAUCCGCGAAAUGGUACAGGAAAUGCUGAACGUGGCAGCUAGACGGGCAUUUGAUGACCUACAGAGCGGCCCGGUCAGCCCACCAGGCCCUACCGGACAGGAUGGAAUUCCAUGUUUCAUUGCCACCGGACGCCUAUCAAACUGGAAGACGGAGGACGUUGGAUUUUUCACUCCAGAUCCAACAGCCCUCACACAUCAGAAGACUGUUCAAGAAACGACUCACUACACUAAUGUGUAUACAAUCCUUAGUCAACUUCGAGCCAUGGUUCUUCUCAAGACGGAAGGUGUUGUUCGCACAAACCUCCUCUCGUGCUUUCGGGAAUCCGCCGCCGAGCGGUACAACUCGAAAUUAUCGGGUGAUAAACGUGCAGAACUCAAUUUCCACCCGUUGGAAAGCGGUUGGUUCUACACACUGGAGAAAUUGUGUCCGACAGCAGCUUUGGCCAGCCUAUAG